GAAAUGAUCACUUUUCAUCUUGACGCAAACACGAAUCGUGAAAGUGUGAGAAAAGAGUAAUAUACGACACGUUUCGCAACAUUGCGCCUAAUUUUUUUUUUUUUCGCGAUAUUCAAACUGCUUCUUAUUUUGAUAUUUUCUCGGUAUUUUGGAUACUUUUCUGAUUUCCACCAGACUCUUUUCUAGACACUUGAGUUUGCCUUGAAAUAUUAUCCUAUCACAAUGCGAAACGAGCGUGUGUAUAACAAAUCUCGUGUAUUGCAGUGUAGUGCCGCCGUCGGGAUGAAGGCGUUCUUCGACAUGAUGCACAACGGGCCGCACAAGGUGAUACUCUUCGGCGGUGCUUGCACACAAGUCACGGACCCGAUAGCGAAAGCCUCGAAACACUGGCGCCUUACGCAGCUCAGCUACGCGGACACCCAUCCUAUGUUCACAACCAAUAGCUUCCCGAAUUUCUUUAGGGUCGUGCCGUCGGAAAACGCCCUCAACGCACCGCGAGUGGCGUUACUUCUGCAUUUCAACUGGACCCGGGUUGGCACGAUUUAUCAGAACGAGCCCAGAUACGCAUUGGUGCACAAUCGGUUGGUGGCCGAUCUGGAUGAGAGCAAAAUGGAGCUCGUGGAGACGCUAAGCUUUGCCAACGAGGUGACAACGGCGCUCGAAAAGCUCAAGGAGAGGGACGUGAGGAUUCUCCUGGGAAAUUUCAACGAGGCGUGGGCUAGGCGGAUAUUCUGCGAGGCUUACAGGUUCGGCUUAUACGGCAGAAAGUAUCAGUGGGUCAUCAUCGGGACUUAUACCAGGGAGUGGUGGUUGCGCCCGGGCGGCGGAUGCGCCCCAUCCGAGCUGUCCGAGGCCCUUCACGGUGUCAUCCUGACGGAUCUGUUACCGCUGACGACCGAGGAGCAGCACACCACGUCCGGAAUUACCCCGGACCAGUAUCAGGUCGAGUACGACUCGAGACGGGGCGCCGAGUACUCUAGGUUCCACGGAUAUACGUACGAUGGUAUCUGGACGGUCGCGCUGGCUGUAAAACACGUCGCGCGCAGGAUACGACACUUCCAUCGUAACCAGACUAUAUCCGACUUUCGGUACAGGGACGUAUUGUGGGAAAAGCUCUUCCUCGAUGCCCUCAGGAAUACAAGCUUCGACGGUGUCACGGGGCCGGUCCGCUUCUACGACAACGAGAGAAAAGCGUACAUUCUUCUAAAACAAUUCCUGGACGGUCGCGAGGUAAACGUAGGCGAGUACGAUAGCAUAACUGGCGUUCUGGAUCUGACCAGAAGAGAGGCUCCGCUGUGGAACGGUAAAUCACCGCCGAAAGACAGGACGGUUCGCAUCAUCGAGCACUCGACCGUGGACAUCACGCUGUACGCGGUGCUAGCCUCGGCUGCUAGUGUCGGUAUCGUCUUGGCAUCCAUUUUUCUCGCCAUCAAUAUCAGAUACAGAAAUCAAAGAUACAUCAAAAUGUCAUCGCCCCACCUGAACAACCUCAUCAUCAUCGGUUGUAUGCUGACCUACAGCAGCGUUAUCUUCCUCGGACUAGACUCGCAAUUAUCGAGCGUAGCGGCGUUCCCAUAUAUCUGUACGGCCCGAGCGUGGCUGUUAAUGGCUGGUUUCUCGUUGGCCUUCGGCUCCAUGUUCUCGAAAACGUGGCGUGUACAUUCCAUAUUCACCGACGUGAAGCUCAAUAAGAAGGUGAUAAAAGAUUACCAGUUGUUCAUGGUCGUCGGGAUAUUGUUGGCCGUCGAUCUCACGAUCAUGACGACAUGGCAAGUGGCCGAUCCGUUUUAUCGGGCGAUAAAACAAAUGGAGCCCUAUCAUCACCCUUCCAGCGAGGAUAUAAUAAUCAUCCCGGAAAACGAGUAUUGUCAGAGCGAUCAAAUGAAUAUUUAUCUGUUUUGCAUAUAUGCAUACAAAGGCCUUUUAAUGAUAUUCGGUGCCUUUCUGGCAUGGGAAACGCGGCACGUUAGUAUACCGGCAUUAAAUGACAGUAAAUACGUGGGGAUGAGCGUGUACAACGUUGUUAUAAUGUGCGUCACCGGUGCAGCUAUAAGCUUCGUGCUGACUGACAAACAAGACGCCAUGUUUAUAAUGUUGGCGGUGUUCAUUAUAUUUUGUAGUACAGCCACUCUUUGUCUGGUUUUUAUUCCUAAGGUAAUAGAGUUACGCAGAAAUCCACAAGGGGCGAUAAAUAAGCGGACCAGGGCGACUCUGAGGCCGAUGUUGAAAAUACGAAGGGACUCGACUGUCAGCGAGCUCGACGAGCGUUUGAAGGAGGCGAAGCUGACGAAUAAAAAAUUCCGGAAGCAAUUGUUGCAAAAGGAUUCCGAGCUUCAGGGAUUUUUAAGGAGAAUGGGCGAGGAGAUUGAGAGCGAAACGCAAGAGACCGUUGACACGUUGCCGGUCCCGAAGCCCGAAGAGACCGUUAAGAGAGAAGGACCGUCGAUAACCACAGAGACGACCGAUGUUUCAAUGUCCAUGUGCAGCUUGAAUUCAUCAACCGUUUCGCAGCCAGAGGGUGAUUACGUCAACGUGGAUCAAGUAGCAAAGAAAAGGUCGUCCCUUUCGAAGGCCACGUCAAUCAUCAUCGACAACGAAAGAGUGGCUAUGAUGAGCCAGACGAUUGAGGAGAGCUCCUCUCCGGGCGGUGAGGUGGCGUUGGACAUGACGCCGCCGUCGCUAUCGUUAGCAACAACGACGACAACGGCGAUAACAACGACGACGACGACGAUGACCCACAUGAGGCACACGUGCGGCGCGGACGCGUCGCGGCGCAAAAGCAUCCCCGACGAGGUGGCCAAGGACGGUGGCGAGACGAUGAUGAAACGCCACAGGAUUCCCGAGCCACUACCGAGUGAAGCCGUGACCACGCGCUACGGUUUCGUGCCGCCGGUCGUCGAGGAGAGCGACGCCGUGAUUCUGGAGGAGACCGAGAUCGCGAGGCACGUCUGCCGCGUGAGGAGGAGGAGCAAGGAGGACCGCAGGGCGAAGCUGUCGACGCCGCCGCCGACCAAGAACGUCUCCUUCGGCGAGCUGCACGAGCAGAGCUACAUCGAGCACGUGAUGCCGUUUUCAUUGCAAUACGUGCCGAAUCAUCGGCAUGCAGGGAAGUACGACGAGUCGAUGUCGACGAUCAUCCAGCGUUCCAUGUCGGAGCGCACGCGGGAGAAGUGCCUGCGGCUGCACAUCGGUGGCGGCCACCCCAUAGUCGAGUGCUCGCACCGCGUAGCGCGCCGGAUGUGCCGGCACGCGGGCUCCAAGUUGCGCCAUCAGGCGCGGCUGGAGUACGUGCAGAGCACCCCGAAUGUGGCGACGAUGCACAACGGCAAGCACGUCGCGGCGAAUCAGCGCGACGGAAGCGGCGACGUGAACGGUGGUUCCGCGGUGAACGUGUCAAAGAUGUACAGCGCUGUAUCGGACGGUGAACUGCUGGAUCUGACGAUUCUACCGAUCUUUCAGAAGCUCCUCACCGAGCGGCACAAGAGCACUGCCAGGCGGGGCUAUCGCUCGAAUAUAGCUAGUUGCCCGAAUAUAUCCAUCAAGUGCGACAUCGUCGAGUACCUCUAACGGCCAAGCCGGCGACGCUUUCUCCUCACCGCGCCGCGCCGGCACGCGCACGCGAAAUCACGUUUCCCGUCACGGACUCACCGAUCGUGUGUAGGGCGUGCAGCUAGAUC